UACAGUGGUGAGCACUUAACAGAAUUUGAUUUCAAUACGACUAUAAGAGAGAGAGAGAGACUCCACCAUGCCGGAGGAGACGAAGACCACCGUUGACUACCUCAUGGAGAGAGCUUCCGGCCCCCACUUCUCGGGGCUCCGCCUCGACGGCCUCCUAUCCUCUUCUCCUUCUUCUUCUUCCCCUUCAUCAGCUUCCGCCGAUUCUUCUAACCCCGCCGACUCCGCCGCCCCCAAGCAGCCCUUCGUCAUCGGAGUUUCUGGAGGUACGGCUUCGGGUAAGACUACUGUGUGCGACAUGAUCAUACAGCAGCUUCACGAUCAUCGCGUCGUCCUUGUUAAUCAGGACUCGUUUUAUCGUGGUUUGACACCUGAGGAGUCUGAGCGAGUGCAUGAGUAUAAUUUUGAUCAUCCUGAUGCAUUCGACACCGAACAGAUGUUAGAGUGUGUUCAAAAGCUAAAGAGUGGGCAGUCUGUCCAUGUUCCGAUAUAUGAUUUUAAGAUACAUCGACGCAGUUCUGAUAGUUUUCGACAGGUGAAUGCUUCUGAUGUGAUAAUCUUGGAGGGAAUCCUGGUUUUCCAUGACCAGCGCGUCCGUAAUUUGAUGAACAUGAAGAUUUUUGUCGACACAGAUGCUGAUGUGAGACUUGCUCGUAGAUUAAGACGAGACACUGUUGAGCGGGGCAGGGACAUAGAUUCUGUUCUUGAGCAGUAUGCCAAGUUUGUCAAACCUGCCUUUGAUGAUUUUGUUCUUCCCUCAAAGAAGUACGCCGACGUGAUCAUUCCCCGGGGAGGUGAUAACCAUGUUGCUAUUGAUUUGAUUGUACAACAUAUUCGCACAAAGCUUGGUCAGCAUGACCUUUGCAAAAUAUAUCCUAAUGUGUAUGUUAUACAGUCCACAUUUCAGAUUAGAGGCAUGCAUACACUGAUUCGAGACCGAGAAAUAUCGAAGCAUGAUUUUGUAUUUUAUUCUGAUCGCCUUAUUCGUCUGGUUGUGGAGCAUGGCCUUGGUCAUCUACCAUUCACAGAGAAACAAGUAAUUACUCCACCAGGAUCUGUGUAUACUGGAGUUGAUUUCUGCAAGAAAUUAUGUGGAGUUUCAAUUGUACGAAGUGGUGAGAGCAUGGAAAAUGCAUUACGUGCAUGUUGCAAAGGAAUAAAAAUUGGGAAGAUCUUGAUCCAUCGUGAUGGAGAUGAUGGCAAACAGCUUAUAUACGAGAAGCUCCCCAAUGAUAUUUCAGAGCGGCAUGUCCUGCUUCUAGACCCUGUACUUGCUACAGGUAACUCUGCUAACCAGGCUAUUGAACUACUCAUACAGAAGGGGGUUCCUGAAUCGCAUAUAAUAUUCUUAAACCUUAUAUCUGCUCCUGAGGGAAUUCAUUGUGUUUACAAACGAUUUCCAUCAUUAAAGAUCGUCACUUCAGAGAUUGAUGUUGCACUCAAUGAAGAAUUUCGUGUCAUACCAGGGUUGGGUGAAUUUGGCGAUCGUUACUUCGGCACAGAUGAUUGAUCACAGAUAAGUGAUCCUAAUUGGGCUGCAGCCUUGAAAUAGGUUGCUAUACAGAAACACCAAGGAGAUUUGUUUGACUUUUCUUCAAGUUUUGAAUUACGGAGUGUAUUGCCCCUUGUGUUCUAAUUACAACUUUAUUGCCUGAAUCAGUCAAAUUGCAGUAUAUAAAGUUAUAAACACUGAUUGCAGCCUUG